AUGUUGGUAUCCAGGUCGUUCAAGAUACCAGUACAGACUUUCAGAUGGGUCUGGAGCUCGGUUUCUAAAACAGCCAUCACAUUGAUCAGAACACUCUCCAAUGCCCUAAACUCGUACGAUUGGAUGUACGGACUGAUUCCAUGUACCGUCUUCACCUUCAGCUUUGCCUCCAGAUCGUACAUGAAAAGACUGAGUUGCGAAGCCGCGUCAGAGUUGGCCGUGUCGAACACCAAGACCGAGUCCGCUUUGAUCAGCGCCUUGAUAUGA